AUGUCCAUUUCGAAUGAGGCUCUUCACAAGCUUGCUCGCGAAAUCGAGACCCAGGCAGUGGCUGCACAACAACAAAUUGGCCUGGCACGAACUCAAAUGGCUGCAAAGCAGCGCGAGCAACGCUUGGUUAGCCUAACCCUUAGCGAAUUGGCGAGCCUUCCGGAGGAGGCGGUAGUUUACGAAGGCGUCGGCAAGAUGUUUGCGUCACUUCCCCUUCCAGUUUUACGACGGAAGCUGGAGGGUCAAACGCAGGAUUUAGAUUCUGACGUGGACAAGCUUAACCAACGUCUUCUAUAUCUUGAAACCACGCACAAAAACAGCCGCGAGCACAUUGAACAGAUGCUCCGCGGUCGCUGA